CUGCAGAUACCUAUCGACUUAGACGUGCUUGCUUCGUCUCAAGCAUCUGAUCGAGAGCUGACUCAACUGCUGGGAGGUGAAUCUUCACUCCGCCUGGAAAAGUUGAGAAUUCCAAACUCUCAACUGCAACUUUAUUGUGACGUCAGCAAGUCUACACCUAGGCCUUUUGUUACCAAGCCGUUGAGGAGACAACUCUUUGACAGUCUUCACAGCUUAAGCCAUCCAGGCGCCAAUGCUAGUGCUAAAUUAGUAGCAGAGCGGUUUGUCUGGCCUGGCGUUCGUAAAGACUGUCGUGAGUGGUCUCGACAAUGCUUGGCGUGUCAGCGCGCUAAGGUUCAUCGUCACAUUUCGUCACCAUUAGGCACGUUUGAUUUACCCCGCGCCCGAUUUACUUUCGUUCACGUGGAUAUUAUUGGCGCCCUCCCUGUUUCUCAGGGGUACCGCUAUUGCUUGACUGCGGUGGAUCGUUUCACACGAUGGCCCGAAGUAAUACCAAUGGCAGACAUAACAGCCGAGACAGUUGGAAAGGCAUUUAUAUCGUGGAUAUCCAGAUUUGGAUGCCCAACCGAUAUUGUCACUGAUCGUGGUCGACAGUUUGAAUCGUCACUUUUCCAGUACCUUGGAAAGAUGAUUGGAUUCAAGCAUCGUAGAACAACCGCGUAUCAUCCAUCUUGCAACGGCCUAGUGGAACGAUUCCACCGUCAGUUAAAGGCAGCCAUAAUGUGCCACGCUGAUAGCAAUUGGGUAGACACGUUGCCUCUGAUACUAUUGAGCAUUAGGAGCUCAUUUAAGGAGGACCUUCGAACAUCAUCGGCCGAAUUAGUUUAUGGCGAGCCUUUACGUUUACCAGGCGAAUUCUUCCAAGCCGCAGCUCCCGGCUCAAUAGAUAUAUCGGACUUUACCACCCAACUGCGGCAAAUAACAUCAAAGCUGCAACCCUCACCUGCUGCGCGUCACAAUAAAUUAAAGAUUUUUAUACACAAGGACUUAUUUGCGUCAAGUCAUGUAUUUUUAAGGGACAAUGCAUUACGUGGCUCAUUGCAGCCCCCUUACACUGGUCCGUACCAAGUAUUAGAGCGUAAUGCGAAAACAUUCAAAAUAUUAAUAAAGGGUAAAAGCGUCACGGUAUCCAUAGACCGUCUAAAACCGGCCUACAUGCUGAUUGACCCAGCUUCCAACCCUAUCCCUAAUCCCACUCUCACAUCCGACCCCAAUUUCGGUUCCUUCCUUGAUCAAUGUCCCAAAGAGAUUAAUACUCCAGCUCAGGAUGACGUCAGAAGGACGCGUUCAGGUCGCACAGUUCGAUUUCCAGAUUUUUAUCACCCGUAG